AUACGUUAAUGAACAGGAAACUAUGAUAAGAUUUGGCGCUGGCAAAGUUCGCCGAAAAUGUCCCUGGCUAGUUAGUUUCUCUUCUUUCUUUCCGCCCAUUGGUAUUGUACGUAGAUAACGUUACAAAACUGCAAUGUAGAGUGACACAAUAAAGUUCACGGCAAGAUCAAACAUGGAGUAGUAUACGUGUGGAAACCACUGAACGCGUCAACUGUCAAGACAGAGCUGCGGUCGCAAUGUGGAAGCUGGUACCCCUUCAAUCUGGAGGGGAACCCCUCUACUUACUGCCUGGAAACGAGUAUGUUGUGGGUCGCAAGAACUGUGACAUCCUACUUGGCAAUGACCAGUCCAUCAGCCGUGCUCACGCUCAACUAUCCCUCAGCAACCAGGCUCUGACAUUGAAGGACAACUCUAAGUAUGGCACUUUUAUCAACGAUGCACAACUGGCCACCGGCACUGUUCAGACACUGAAUUCUGGAGACAGGUUGACAUUUGGGGUCUACCAAAGCAAAUUCAAGGUUGAGGUGGUGAGUCUGAAGGUGUGUUCCUCAUGUUUGGACAACGAACGCAAGGCGGAGUUAGCCCAGGCCCUCUCCUCAUUGGGCGGCCGGUUGGUGAGCUCAUGGGACCAGGAGUGCACCCACCUUGUUAUGCCUUCUGUGAAGGUCACCAUUAAGACCAUCUGCGCUCUGCUCUGCGGUCGGCCCAUAGUGAAGCUGGAGUUUUUCACCGUCUUCAGCGCGGCCUUGAGGGAAAAGCAGAGCCCCCCACAGGCAAAAAGCUAUUACCCUGAGAUUGAUGAGCCCAGCCUGACCAAGGAGGAUGUGGAUCUGAGCUCUCGUCCCGAGCGGCAGCGAGUCUUUGCUGAAAAGACCUUCAUCUUCCUCAACUCUAAACAGAUGAAACGCUUGAGUCAGGCAGUAACUUGCGGAGGUGGGCAGAGCCAGCUCCUGGAGGAGGGGUCUGUCCCUGUGUCACUCCUGGAAACGUCAGGGAGCUGUGUGAUAGACAUGGCAUCAGGCAGCUCUCAGACGCUAAUCUCCACCUCUACCAGGAAGUGGAUAGAUGCUGUGGAUCUGGUUCUCCACAGGCGAGGCCUGCGGUGGAUCACUGAGUCUGAAAUUGGAUUGGCCGCCAUCUAUGUCAGUAACUCCACCUACUGCAAUCCUUGCGCUUCGACAGAGACAGAGACAGUCAGGAUGAAGCCGGUUAUUCCCGGGCCCUCACUGUCCCAGAGCACAGGCGUGGACGAGACGGUUCUCCCCGCAGCGUCGCAGAACAUCACGGCCUAUGCUUUCAACACAGAACCUUCACAGGGCAUCAGCUGCCCAAAGGUCAGUGAGGUCACCUCAGUUGGAGAGACCCCGGAGAAACAACCCAGUCGGGCUCGAUCAACCUCACAUCCCAGGACAGCAUCCUCCUCUUCCUCCUCCUCCUCUUCCUUCCAGAAACCUGCCGUCACCAGGGACCGGCCAGCAUCCUGUACCACCAUCACAGAGACUAUGAUGUCACCGCUUAGUGCUGCUCAAGCUGGCCAAUCGGAGAAAACCAGGAAGGCAGAGAUUGCUCGGUCGAGCAAGUGGCCCAGUGGCAGUGACUCAGCAAAAUUCAAGGCUCCACAGAGUUCAUCCAAUAAGUCCCCCCAGAAACAGUCAUCCCUCACCAACUUCUUCCUGCCUGCCAACAAAAAAAGAGCUCGAGAUGGCAGCACGGAAACUAGCCAGUCGGAGUCUAAGCUUUUCCGGUUGGACAGCGAAGACGACGAGCUCAGUAAGAUGAACUCCACUCCUGCUGCAACCCACACUGCCGCUCUCAACAAGACACAUGCGACUGCGCGCAAACACACCCUCACACACUCCACAACGACCACGCCUGCAGCCCAGAACCAGCACAGAACAUUGGACAGCAACCAGGACAGAAGUUCUGGUCUGGGUGCAGGGUUAAGUGCUAGUCCUAGUCUGGGUCUGGGGCCUGGUUUAAGCUCUGGGUUUGGUUUGGGAUCAUCCAGGGGACCAUCCAGGGGAAUUCUAGAUGGAGUCUCCAGUGAAUUUAGUCUUGGACAGGAGACCAAGAAGAGGAAGGAGAUGGCUCAGGAGGAGACUGUAGAUCCAGAUCUAGACCUCUCUCUGGAGGAACUGGAGUCCCUUAUGAGUGAUGACAUGGACAUACCCCCGGAGCCAACAGCCAAUAAGAAACAGCGACUGGACCAAGAAGAGCAGAGCUCAGCCAGUUGGAAACAAACAACAAAGAAAGAUAAUGGCAAUGCUAGUUGGCAGAAGUCCUCAGAGGCUCUGAAAGAAAACACUAAAAACCAGAAAUCAGAACGGGGCAAGGGCAGUCCUGCCAAUCAGAAGGUGUCCCUGGAAUGUGACAAAACAGUCUCCGCCAAUCAGAAACAGAAGGUGGAGCCGAAGGAAGGUGUCAAAGAAGAGGAAGUGUCUUUUGUGGUUGCAGAGCCUAAUGGAAACACUUCGUCUGAGGAAGGCAAAGCUUCUGUCAAGAACAGCUCAGUAAAAGAAGAACAGAAGGAGUCCAAGCCAGAGGUGCGCUCUGAGACGGAUCAGGACCUGCCGCGGGGACUGCUGCUGGUGGAGUUCAAGUCUCUGGUGGUGAGCGGGCCCUCCAGGACCCGACCGGAACCCCUGCAGAGCCGCAACCAAAAUGACAAGAACUUCAAAAAGUUCCGCAAGGUCCCUGUCCCAGGCUCGCAGGGUCUUCCUCAGAUCAUUGGCGGCUCUGAUCUGGUGGCCCACAGCAGGGGGAAGAACACGGAGCUGGAGGAGUGGCUGAAAGAGGCUGCAGAGGAGGAGAAGCAACACGAAAUUGAACAGGCAGUGGGAGACGAGCUGUUCAGGUACAACCCCAAACCUGUGAAGAAGUUAUGGAAAUAGUGACAGGUGCACAAAGAAAAGAAAACCAAGAGGAACGUGUUCGCAUUCUGAACUGCUCCAUGAGAUGAAGCCUGUUGGAAGCAGCCUGAUAGUUUGUUGGGAUGACAUUGGAAACCAGUUUGAUUCAGAUACCGAAAAAAUAAUGUUUUCUGAUGUAUGGGUUUAGCAUUUUUGUUAGCAUUUCACUGAUGGCAUGCAAUGUAACACACACACACACAACUUCAGUUGUUAUUGGAAUAUUUUGAAAAGAUUUAUUUGUUCUUAAUAAAAAAUAUUGUAUACAAAA